GUGACAGUUUGCUUUUAAUAGAACAGAGCGAUCAUUUAUCAUAAAAAAUUACUAGUGAUGUUGAGCACUGCCUCCAUUUAUGAGCUGUUUACGUGGCUCAUUACAUGGCCUGGGAGCUCCUAGAGACAAAGCACUGUAUCUCUUCUCUUUCUCUACCCUCAGUCUAGCACAGUUUGAUAUUUGCCUCAUGAAAUUUUAUUAAAAUUGAACUGAAUUACUUUAAUUCAUGCUCAUAACCCUUUGGAGACUUGAACAUUGUUUUCUUACUGAUGAACACAAGACUCAGAGCUUGAGUAAUUUGCAGUCACAUGACUAAAUGCAGAAGUAGGGCUGUAUUCCAGCCCUUCUGAUUCUAACCCAUAGAUUUACUGAAAUUGUCUUCCGUUCCCUCCAGAGAUGUCCGCCUGGGGCCCCCAUCUUCCUCAGGAUACCAAGUGAAUAUUUUAAUUUAAAGUUAGGUAAAGUCAACCUCCGCUGGGCGCAUGCGUCCCUUCCUUUUCCCACGGUGGAAGAGACACCACCUCGCUUCCUUCCGCUUUGAUGCCUUUUGGCCCCAGCGACUCGCCGUUGUCCAGGCUGAGGCGUUCACUAGUUGAGGUGAUGGCGACUGGGACACCAGAUUCGCAAGCGCGAUUCGGUCAAUCCGUGAAGGGGCUCCUCACAGAGAAGGUGAACACCUGUGGGACGGAUGUGAUCGCGCUCACCAAGCAGGUGCUGAAAGGCUCCCGGAGCUCUGAGCUGCUAGGUCAGGCGGCUCGAAACAUGGUCCUGCAGGAAGAUGCCAUCUUGCACUCAGAAGAUAGUUUAAGGAAAAUGGCAAUAAUAACAACACACCUUCAAUACCAGCAAGAAGCUAUUCAGAAGAAUGUUGAGCAGUCUUCUGAUCUACAGGACCAGUUGAAUCAUCUGUUGAAAUAGAAUGGCUUGUAAGCAGGAAAAGCACUUCUUUGCCUGACACUGAGAAGGAAAUAUUUUAUUCAAUUACUGUCCUGUGGGUUUAAAUUUUCCAUUUUCUUCUCCAAAAGUUAAGUUAGAAAAGAUUUGUGAUGGUCUACAGUUUCCUCUGAAGAGAAGCUGGGUGGUUGAAUUUUGGAAGUACUCUUAAAGCAGACUAACCCAUGCUCUUACUGAAUUUUUUAAUUGCUCUGUUUAGUUUUAUGUUAAAGCAAAAUAAAAAAGAUCUUAGUUUUUCCCACAGAA